AAUACAGCUUUCGAUGAUGCGCAUGUCCGUGCUGCUGAGCGCCGUCCUGGCGGUGGCGUUCCUGGCGCAGAGCGGCGACGUGGAGAGCGCCCCCUGCUGCGGGCUCCGGCGAGUGGGCUCCCUGGCCGUUCGGGGGCUGAAGAGCGCUGGGAAAUUCGCCAGCAAGCACUUAGGCCACCACCACCACCAUUACCACCACCACGAGAGUAGCGGCUGCAGGAGGAAGGGCAGAAGCAUCGAAACCUUUCUAGAAGAUCCCAAGAUCCAGGAGACCUAUAAGGAGAUCGCGGCCGAGGACAAGGACGAGUGCGGCCUCCGGCUGGUGUGUGAGCUGUCGCAGAAGGACCCCCAGGACCUGGCCUCCGACGAGGAACAAAUCCUGGCGCCUUAUCGCGGCGCCGGCGCCAGCGACGGCAGCGCUUACGGCGCGUACGACGAGGCGGCGUGGCACGGGAAGGAAGGCCGCAGCUGCGCCGCCAGGUACCCGCUCUGCGCCUUCACCGCGCAGCAGGUCAUGCAGGAAUACAGGAUUUACGUCAUCAGUAAUGAGACAGUAGCAGCUUAGGUAGGCAAAGAGAGAGAAUUUUGUCGGUGGACUUCUCUGAAGAUUACAGUUACUCAUCAACCAAAACUUCAUGAGAGUGUCUGCCGCAUAUUUGAAGUCAGCAUAAAAUAAACAGCGAAAGC